AUGUCCACAAUUGAAACUCGUUCGGAAUCAGAGAAGACGGCAUCGAAUCGUGAUAUAAACGAUAUCUUUGAUGAUAUUGCAUUGAGUGAGGAGCGAAUAAACGAAGAAAGUUAUCAAAAGGGUUUAACCGACGGUCAAUCGAUUGGAAACACCGACGGAUAUCAUUUGGGCUAUCAUCGUGGUGCCGAAUUGGGAGCGGAGCUCGGUUAUUAUUAUGGUGUUUUGCAAUCGUACGCCAAUCGUGAACAGAAUACAGAGCGUCAACAAAAGUCGAUUGAUUUAGUGUUGAAUUUGAUUGGUGAAUUUCCUCGGACAAACGACGAAGAAGCCGAUAUUCUUAGAUUGGCCGACACAAUUCGUGCUCAAUACCGGAAAACGUGUGCUAUUUUGAAGAUAAACGGCAAAUAUCCAGAGAGUGAUCAGUUGAGCUUUUGA